AUGGCGGCCAUGGCGACGGAAGUCUCAUCGACCCGUCUCUAUCUGGGGAAUCUCCCCCGAAAUGUUACCAAGCAGGAUAUUGAAGAGCACUUCAGUACCCAUGGAUCCGGCAAGAUCACUGAGAUCAAGUUGAUGAAUGGCUUUGGCUUCAUCGAGUAUGAGGAUGCCAUGGAUGCUCGCGAUGUUGUGCCAGACGGUAGUGACUUCAAAGGCGAGCGACUGACUGUCCAGUUUGCUCGUGGCAAGACCCGCAAGGAGAAUUACCCCCCUGGUCCAACAGAUCGCCCGGCGGUGCCGCGACCCCGUCGUACCAUGUUCCGGAUGCAAAUCUCCGGUCUCCCUGAAACCAGUUGGCAGGACCUGAAAGACUUUGCUCGCCAAUCGGGCCUGGAUGUAGUCUAUUCGGAGACUGGCCGUGAACAGGGGAGAGGAUUCGUUGAAUUUGAGACCGCAAACGACCUCAAAACUGCCGUGGAGAAACUGGACCAGCAUGAGUUCAAGGGUUCGCGCGUGACCUGCGUUGCGGAUAUCCAACCCUACGAAGAACGUCCUUACCGUGAUCCCUACCGCGCCCGCUCCCCCCGCCGGCCUUAUCCCCCCAUGGACGACUAUGACCGCAGAUUCCCGGUGCCCCGUGGAUACAGCCCCCGGGACCAUUACCGGGAGCGAUCACCUGUCCCGAUGCGCCCGGGCUACUAUGACCGCGAUGGAUAUGGACGCCGGACCCCUCCACGUCCUCGGAUGGAUGAAUAUGGACCCCCUCGUCGCCCCUAUGAGGACCCCUAUGAUGCCCGGCCCCCACCUCCGCCGCGCCACUACGAUGACCCCUAUCUGGCAGCACGGCCCUAUGGUCGACCCCGUUCCCCCCCGCGCGGUGACUAUGUUGCCUAUGAGCGUCCCCGUUACUGGUAG